AUUUGAUCAUAUGAGUUACUAAUUUUGAAAAUCAUACUCGACUUUUAUUUGCGGGUAUUGAAAAUUUGAUAGCUGGGUAAAAGUCAAGUCAUAACUCAUAAGUACGAAGCGCGUAAAAAGUAAUCGUGUCCAGCCUUUUUUUUUUUUUUUUUUAAUUUGUCAAUACUAAGAUUUAACGGAGAUUACGGAUCAAAUAAUUAAAGAAUGAUUAAAGCACCGGAGUUGACGGCUUGAAGGCAGAGUGGCGAGAUAGUUUAUUGGUCUUUUUUAUUUAUUGACCCAAGUUUCUAAAGUGCACUGCACAAGGUCCUAUUAAUAUUAUUACUUUCCCGGUCUUACUUUAAUUUAAAUAUCUUCAACUUGGCUUAUUGGCUACCGGGUCCAAACUUACUCCCAUAUAAUAAUAAGUUGAGACCUCAUAACUAAAGAACAAAGAAAAAUCAUCUUUCUUCUUGCAAAGGACAACGAGAAAAUAAGUGCUUCAACAGGUGAGGACAAUUAUGGUUGACGCAAUUGUAUCUUUCGGUGUUGAAAAGCUUUGGGAACUCGUGAGCGAAAAUUAUGAGCGAUUUCAGGGAGUUGAAGAGCAAAUCACUGAGCUAAAGAGUGAUAUGAAGAUGUUAAUGUCCUUUUUGAGUGAUGCGGAUGCAAGGAAACAAACAACUGCACUUGCAAGAAACUGCGUAGACGAGGUAAAAGAAAUCACUUAUGAUGCUGAGGAUAUAAUUGAAGCCUAUCUUCUAAAGAGAGAACGAAGUAAAAGCAGUGGCAUCAAGAAUCACAUGAGUAGUCUUGCUUGCAUUCAAAGUGGUCAUAGGAAGACUGCCUUAGAAAUCACAAGCAUUAGUACGAGAAUCUCCAAAGUAAUCCAGGUUAUGCAGACUUUAGGCAUACAAUCAAACAUUAUUGAAGGUGGGUAUUUGCAGGCUCUACAGGAUAGAAAAAGGGAGAUGCGUCAUACAUUUCCUAUUGAAUCUGAAACCAAUCUUGUUGGUUUGGAGAAAAAUGUUGAGAAAUUGGUUGAGGAAUUGGUGGGAAACGAUAGCAGUCUUGGCGUAUCCAUAACUGGCUUAGGUGGUCUUGGCAAAACCACCCUUGCACGGCAAGUUUUUAAUCAUGAUAAGGUAAAAGGUCAUUUUGAUGGACUUGCGUGGGUGUGUGUAUCGCAAGAGUUUACACGGAAGCAUGUGUGGGAGACCAUCUUGAAGAAUCUUAGUCAUGGAGAUUACGUUGCUGACAUGAAGGAAGACAAACUACAGCAGAGUCUUAGUCCUGCAGAUGAAGUUUCUGAUAGGAACAUAUCACAAAGGAAGAAGAUUUCUGAUAUGAAUGAAGACGAACUUCAGGAGAAACUCAUUCAAUUGUUGGAAACAAAAAAGGCUUUGAUCGUCUUUGAUGACGUAUGGAAAAGUACAGACUGGGACACAAUAAAGCGAAUGUUUCCAGAGAGAAAAGCUGGUUGGAAGGUGCUGCUUACUUCUCGCAAUAAUGAUGUACAUCCACAAUGUGUCACCUUUAAACCAGAAGGCCUAACUCUUGAUGAAUGUUGGAAACUUUUACAAAUGAUAGCAUUUCCUAAGAACGGCACAACUGGAUAUAUAAUUGAUAAAGAUAUGGUAGAGAUGGCUAAGGAGAUGAUCAAACAUUGUGGAGGACUACCAUUGGCUGUCAAAGUGUUAGGAGGGUUGUUAGCUGCCCAACACACACCACGUCAGUGGAAAAUGAUAUCUGAGAAUAUUAAAUCUCACAUAGUUGGAGGUGGGAUUAGUUCCAAUGAUGACGAUAGCAGUUCGAUCAAUCAUGUUCUGUCUUUGAGCUUUGAAGGAUUGCCUAAUUAUUUGAAGAACUGCUUACUCUACCUAGCCUCUUUUCCAGAAGAUCGUGAAAUAGAAUUAGAGAGAUUGUCUUAUGUCUGGGCUGCAGAAGGAAUAACAAAUCCUAGGCAUUACGAGGGAGCUUCCAUUCGAGAUGUUGCAGAUCUCUACAUAGAAGAGUUAGUGAAGAGAAAUAUGGUUAUUUCUCAAAGAGACUUGGCGACUUCGAGAUUUGAAAUUUGUCAGUUGCAUGACUUGAUGAGAGAGAUUUGUUUGUUAAAAGCCAAGGAAGAGAGCUUUGUAAAGAUUGUUAGUGAUCCAGCCAGCAGCUCAAGCGUACACUCUCAAGCUUCUAGCAAAUCACGUAGACUCGUUGUGUACGGCACCCGUACUUUUAGUGGAGAGAGGGACAUGAAGAAUUCCAAACUUAGAUCUCUCUUGUUUAUUCCAGUUGGGUAUGAUUGGAUUAUGAUGAGAUCAAACUUCAUGGAGUUACCAUUGUUGAGGGUUUUAGAUCUCAGAUGGGCUAAAUUUGAGGGAGGGAAGUUACCCUCUAGCAUUGGAAAGCUCAUCCACUUGAAGUAUUUGAGUUUAUAUGACGCAAAGGUAACUCAUCUACCUUCAUCUUUGCGGAACCUGAAGUCGCUGCUCUAUCUUAAUCUAAAUAUACGUUCUCAUCUGAAUGACGUGCCCAAUGUCUUUAAAGAGAUGCUAGAACUGAGAUAUCUCUGCUUACCAUGGAGUACAACUAGUAGGACAAAGUUGGAAUUGGGUAAUCUACUCAAAUUGGAGACGUUGAAGUAUUUCUCAACAGAGAAUAGCAAUGCGACGGAUCUUCACCGUAUGACAAGGCUAAGGAGUCUCCAUAUCUUUAUCAGUGGCGAGGGGUGGCGUAUGGAAACUCUAUCUUCAACUCUAAGUAAAUUGGGACACUUGGAAGAUCUUACUAUACGAUCUCCCGAGAAUUCCGUUCAUCUCAAACACCCGAAGUUGAUAUAUAGGCCGAUGUUACCUGAUGUGCAACAUUUUCCUUCUCAUCUUACAACCAUAUCUUUACAUGAUUGUCGUUUGGAGGAGGAUCCGAUGCCAAUUUUAGAGAAACUGCUACAACUGAAAGUGGUUUCUUUAUGGUGGAACGCUUAUGUUGGGAGGGAAAUGGUUUGCUCCAGCGGUGGGUUUCCUCAAUUGCUGAAGCUCGAUUUGUGUGGACUAGAUGAAUGGGAAGAGUGGAAAGUAGAAGAAGGCUCCAUGCCCCUUCUUCAUUCUCUCAUUAUUCAUUGGUGUCAUAAGCUAAAGGAGCUUCCAGAUGGGCUGAGAUUUAUCACUUCAUUACAGGAAUUGAGUUUCUACACAAAGGAAAGAGAAUUUCAGAAGAGGGUUUCCAAAGGAGGAGAAGAUUACUAUAAAACCCAACACAUUCCUCUUAUUCGAUAUGACUGGCCACUAGAACCAGAAGACAGCGAGGUCAAUUAAUAUCUUCUCAAUUGGAUUGUGGCUAUAUAUAUAUCCUUGUAAUGUAAUAAUAAUAAUCUCUUUUGCAUUGUGUUGAUGUGUUUUGGUUCCCAAUCAAACUAUUGGCUCUUGUUCCACCACCAUACUAAGGUUGCUGGUUCUGUGUUAAAACAAGUUACUUGGUCUGCUUUCUAUUGUGUUUAUCAAAUUGAUUA